UCCCAUUUCUGAUGCUUUGAUUUUCUGUGGGGUUUCAACUGUCAAUCGUUUUGUCAUCACCUUCGCAAGUCAUUACACCUGUAACACUUCUCCCACUUUCUAGAUCAAUCUUCCUUCUUCUCUCCUCCCAAACAAAAUCCACUUCUUCUAUAAUCUCAAUCAUGCUCUCUCCUGUUCAACGCAUUCUUCAUCUCCUCCAAUGGCCUCCCCACUUUUCACUACUUCCUACUCUUCUUACAAAAGUCCACAUUACAUUCAUUGUUCUUGUCUCUCCAGCCACCCAUUCGGGCAAAAGACUCGCCUCUCAUUCCCUCUCUCCUCCAAACCCAACUCCAAAAGACUCAUCAAGUUUUCUGUCAAAGCUGAGCAAGAAAAUGAACCCUUAUCUUCCCCUUCUGUUGCUGUAAUUUCAGAGAAACCCCAAAACGAGGACACCCAGAAGAAAGAUUUGUCUGUAGAAGGUGAAUUGAGUACUGAUUCAGAGUCCCAGGAUAAAGAGCAACUGCAAGAACUGGAUUGGAAAACAGAUGAGGAGUUCAAGAAAUUCAUGGGGAAUCCUUCGAUUGAGGCAGCAAUAAAGCUUGAAAAGAAGAGGGCUGAUAGGAAGCUCAAAGAGCUUGAUAGAGAAAGAAGUGAUAACCCAAUUGUGGGGUUCUUUAAUUGGGUGGUUCGUGACAAUUUGUCUAGAGAGAAAGAGAGAUUGGAGAAAGCAGAGGAGACUUUCAAGGCUCUUGAUCUUAACAAGUUAAAGAGCUGUUUUGGGUUUGAUACAUUUUUUGCGACCGAUGUCAGGAGAUUUGGAGAUGGGGGAAUUUUUAUUGGGAAUUUGAGGAAACCCAUUGAAGAGGCAAUACCCAAAUUGGAGAACAAGCUAUCAGAAUCAGCAGGAAGGGAGGUGGUAGUGUGGUUGAUGGAGGAAAAAAAUAAUGACAUUACAAAACAGGUUUGUAUGGUGCAACCAAAAGCAGAGAUGGAUCUCCAGUUCGAGUUAACCAAGCUAAGCACUCCUUGGGGCUAUACUAGUGCAGUCUUGUUAUGUAUUACAACAUUUGGGACGAUUGCUUUGAUGAGUGGCUUCUUCCUCAAGCCUGAUGCCACAUUUGAUGACUACAUAGCUGAUGUUGUGCCUCUCUUUGGCGGCUUCCUAACCAUUUUGGGAGUUUCUGAGAUAGCGACAAGGGUAACAGCAUCUCGUUAUGGUGUUAAGCUCAGUCCAUCCUUUCUUGUUCCCUCCAAUUGGACUGGGUGCUUGGGAGUGAUGAAUAACUAUGAGUCUCUGCUGCCAAAUAAGAAGGCUCUUUUUGACAUUCCUGUUGCCCGUACAGCAAGUGCGUAUUUGACAUCACUAGUACUUGCAGUUGCUGCUUUUGUUGCUGAUGGCAGCUUCAAUGGGGGUGACAAUGCAUUGUAAGUUUUCCUUAAUUCACUUUCAGAUCACAUCCCAUCUAAGAUGCAUGACAAAAUUGUUCCUCCUCAUUUUCAAUGAGGUUUCGGUGAUUUUUAUUGCCUCUGGCAAAUCGGUAAGUUAUGCAGGAUCAGACAGGAGAUAAAGCUAUCAAAAUUAUAUGUCUGGUGUUAUGUGCAUUUGCAUGUUUAUACUUUGGUGAGUUUUGCUUAAGAAAGAAAGUAGUGUAAUGUCUGGGUUUUAUGCUGUUUAAUUUUUUUUUUUUGAACAGCGUUGUUUAGCUAUUUGCAUUUAUCUUUUACUUUUCAGGUAUAUAAGGCCUCAAUUCUUUUACAAUAAUCCUCUACUGUCUUUUGUCCAAUUUGUUAUCGGGCCAUACACGGAUGAUCUUGGGAAUGUGUUGCCAUAUGCGGUUGAAGGCGUGGGAGUACCUGUUGAUCCCCUUGCUUUUGCUGGACUGUUAGGAAUGGUGGUGACUUCUUUGAACUUGCUGCCAUGUGGUAGACUUGAAGGAGGCCGCAUUGCACAAGCUAUGUUCGGUAGGAGCACUGCUACUUUGUUAUCGUUUGCCACUUCACUACUCCUAGGCAUUGGUGGUUUGAGUGGAAGCGUUCUCUGUUUGGCAUGGGGACUUUUUGCAACCUUCUUUCGAGGUGGAGAAGAAGUACCUGCAAAAGAUGAGAUCACCCCAUUGGGAGAUGACAGGUAUGCUUGGGGUAUUGUGCUCUUCCUCAUAUGUUUCCUUACUCUAUUUCCAAAUGGAGGAGGAACAUUCUCCAGCCCUUUUUUCAGUGACCCAUAUUUCAGGGGCGAUUUGUAAAUAGAGUUGAGGCAUUGCUCUAUGUAUAAUCUCUUCUAUGCUUCAGUGAAUUGAUGGCUGUAAUUUUUAGUUCUAAUCAAUACAAGAAAAUGAAAAGAAAAGUUAUAGAAAAGGAGAAUAGUAGAGUUCCAUUUGCAAGUUUCUGUACGGAAAUGUAGGCUUUUGUUGGAUCAUAGUUUCAGCUGAUUCUAUAGGCAAGUGGGGGAGUUCUUACCUUGUUUCGGUGAAGACGCAAUCUGACACGUUUGUCUGUCUGAUCAAAAGGAGAUUAUCAUGGUUUUAAAUAUUCUCUCUGGAUUCAGUUGCACUUAUUUCUGCACUUUCAGAUCGACCUGAACUCUUUUGAGACGUACCCUUUAUUCUUUUAAGUACUUUCUUUAUUGUUAUUGUUUAAUUAACGUUGAGAAGUUUG